AUGAGUUCUGAUAUAAAUAAUGUAGAGCCUACGAAUUCAACUAAUGCAGAAGAAGAGAAUAUUUAUUCUGAUUCAGAUAUUACGCCAUUGCUAGAUUAUGCAAAUUCACCAUCAGAGAAAAAAUUUCAGAGAAUAAAAAGCGUGUUAGAAAGAUUUCUUUGUGCACCAUUUAAGGCUGAAGGCUAUACUCUAAUGGAAGGUAGUCAUAGACCUUUAGGUAAUAAACUUGCAGGCAUGUUAAAACAUUCAGGUAAUAAACUGACAAGCAUGUUAGAGUGCAUUAAAAAUUUCUCUGUGAACCUUUUUAGGGUAAAAAACGAACCGCCAAUUAAUAGUAUUUUGAUUAGUGUGAAUCAGAUUUGGGCACUGCCAAUGGACUCUUCGGGUAUCAUACAAUUAAAUAAUCAUAAACCUUUAGGUAAUCUUGCAGGCAUAUUAAAACAUUCAGGUAAUAAACUGGCAAGCAUGUUAGAGAAUAUCAAAGAUUCCUUUGUAUGCCAUUUUAAGGCUGACCAUACUCUAAUGGAAGGUAGUUACAAACCUUUAGGUAAUAAACUGGCAGACAUGUUAAGGAGUAUUAAAAAUUUCUUCGUGAGCCAUUUUAAGUCUAAAAAAACUGCACCUGAAAAAAAAAAUAAUGAACCAAGUCUUAUAGAAGUGAACAGUCGUCAAUAUAUUAUGUGUCCAGGUAAUAGAGUGAAAGCUGUUUUAGAGCCUAACAGUGAUGUAGAGAAACCUGACGUUGCGCAAAGUAAAAAAACAGCAGCAGAGCAACGUUAUUAA